AGCUUUCUGUGACCAUGUCCAACGAAAAUCUUCAGUUGGAAGAAACUCAUUUCGACGUUAUCGUCUUAGGCACAGGUCUAGUAGAGUCUAUAACAGCUGGUUCACUUGCUCGCGCAGGCCAAAAAGUCCUCCAUCUCGACAGCAAUCCUUUUUAUGGAAGCAAUUGGAGUGUUUUUGGAUUUAGAGAACUUUUAGAAUGGAGUGAAUCCGCCCAGAAUAGUAAUGAAGACCCAAAUAUUCCAUCCCAUACAAAAUCUCCUGUUGAUGCAGAGACGUUUACUAUUGAAUACGAGAAAUCGUGUCGAGAAAACUUUAAAAAUGUCGAGUUUUGCUUAUAUGGAUCACGAGAUACUGAAUCCCCAGUUCUGUUCGACCAACAAUCUAAUACCACACAAGAAUUAUUGACUGUCGCCAUCGAAACACAGCUCGAGGACAUAUUAAAAAAAGCUAUAGCAAAAGAUAGAGAUAUAGUUAAGAGCUUUAUUAAAAAAGAGGCAAUAGAACUGGCUGGUGAAAAGCACCCUGUUGAUCUGUCACAAAGUAUUGCCAAGCUGCAUGUUCUUUAUAGUGCAUUGAGUGUCUCAAGAUCAUACAACCUGGAUAUGGCGCCCAAGCUGCUAUCAUGUCAGGGCGAGCUUAUUGAGACCUUGAUUCAUAGCGGUGUUGGCCGUUAUUUAGAAUUUAAGAGUGUGGAUGAUAUUUUUGUGUUUGACGAUAAGACUAAAGGACUGGAAAAGGUUCCAAGCUCCAAAGAAGACGUGUUUACGAACAAGGCUAUCAGCUUGAUUGACAAGCGAAAAUUAAUGAAAUUCUUAAUGUAUGCUGUCCAUUAUGAGGAUGACGAGACACUCCUUCAAGAGUCAAAGGAAAUUCCAUAUGUCCAGUUUUUAGAAAAGAACUUUAAAAUUACUGGAAAGCUCCAAACAGCUAUCAUUUAUGCUAUUGCCCUUUCCGAUAUUAACACUUUGGCAAAGGAUGGUCUUGAUCGCACAAAGUCAUUUAUGACAUCUAUCGGACGCUUUGGAAGAGGUGGAUACUUAUGUCCUUUGUAUGGAGGAGGAAGUGAAAUUGCUCAAGCAUUCUGCCGUGUAUGUGCUGUAUAUGGUGGUAUAUAUAUACUUAAUCAUCCGGUCGAAAAAUUCUGUACCGAAAAGGGCACGGGUGAAUGCAUAGGUGUAGUAACUGUGGAUGGACAAACAUUCCACUCCAAAACUAUGAUAGCUGGUGUGGAUUACCUUUCACCUAGAUGGCUUCCUCCAGCCUCUUCAUUAGAAACUUGGGUAGCUAGAGCUAUUCUGGUAACAGAAUCACCUUUGAAUAUUAAAUCUACCGAAGAAACCAAUGCCGGUCUUGGAUAUAGUUUAUUCCCAACCAACAGUGAAGCUGGAAACACAUAUGCACCUAUAUUUAUGCUUCAUCAAAACCAAGAAACAAUGACUUGUCCCAAUAACCAAUAUGUCACAUAUCUGUGGACUAAUUGUGGGAAACAACACACAAGCAAUAAUUCAUUACAGAAAGCAAUUAGUAUACUAUUGGAAAGAUCAUCUGAAUCAGAGGAAAUAUCUUUUGUCAAGCCUCUCUUUGCCGUAUAUUAUCAUCAGCGUGUGCGUAGUAUACAUACUGAAGGUUGGAACUUACCUACAAAUGUGAUUGGUUGUAGCACACCAAAUGGCUCCCUUGAUUUUGAAGAUGCUGCUACAGAAGCUCAUGCCAUCUUCCGUCGCUGUACUCCAGAAGGGACGGAGUUCUUACCCCCAAAUGAACAGGAUGUUGAAACUGAAGACUAAUCUUAAUGCUUUUAUCUUCAUUAUCUACAAAAAAAAAGCCUUUACUGAAAAUCUGAAAUAUUUACCAGAGACUGGGCGACAAUAUAUCGGUUUAUCUAUUUAUUUAUUUUUGUCUUGCUUUUAAUCAAGUAGAUCAUACACUAGUUACAUUUUUUUUAAAAAAAAGUAUAUGAUAUAUAUAAAUAUAAACUAUUAUGACAUGUUCCGCCUUGUAUGUCUAAUUAGUUUUGAAAUAGUAUAC